AUGGGUCCCCCGCCAAACUCCCAGGCGGCGCCUCUGCCAAAGGAUCUCCCCUUUCGCGUCGUGUCCAAGACCAUCGGACAGGGCGCGUAUGCGUUCAUCCGCAAGGCCGCCCCUCUGACCGCAUCAAACCCCGUCAUCGCCGUCAAGUUCAUAAACAAAGAGCACGCGUACCGCACCGGCCGCCUGAAACCGAACCAGAUCCAGCACGAGGUUACCCUCCACAAGCACCUGGGCCGACACCACAAUGUGAUACAGUAUCUCAGCCACGGCGAGGACCGUCUGUACACCUGGAUAGCCAUGGAGCUGGCAGACGGCGGCGACCUCUUCGACAAGAUCGAGGCCGACGAGGGUGUGGGCGAGGACGUGGCCCACCUGUACUUCACGCAGCUGGUCAACGCCGUGAGCUACAUGCACUCCAAGGGCGUGGCGCACCGCGACAUCAAGCCCGAGAACAUGCUGCUCUCCGUCAACGGGGACCUCAAGCUGUCCGACUUUGGUCUCGCCGCGCUGUUUCAGAUCAGCGGCAGGAAGCGUCUCUGCAACAGCGUGUGUGGGAGCCCGCCCUACAUCGCCCCGGAAAUCGUGGCCGGCAAGAAGUCCAAGGCCAUCGACGUGCUGGACAAGGGCUACGAGCCCAACAUUGCCGACAUCUGGUCCUGCGGCAUCGUGCUCUUCGUGCUGCUGGUCGGCAACACGCCCUGGGACGAGCCGACACGGGCCAGCUACGAGUUCAACGAGUAUUUGCAGACCAAGGGCCGCACGACGGACGAGCUGUGGAAGAAAAUACCGCCAGGCGCCACGUCGCUGCUGCGGGGCAUGCUCAAGAUAGACCCGCAGGAACGCUUCACGCUGGACGAGAUCCGGACGCAUCCCUGGUACACGCGCAGCAACCCUCACCUCAGCCAGUCGGGCACGGCGGCCAAUCCCAUCCUCCUGGCCACGCAGAUGCUCGAGUCGCUGCGCAUCGACUUCAACGCCGACCCGACGGCGUCGCAGCGCGAGCAUCGGCAGCGCUACAGGGACGCCAUGGAGGCCGGCAACCAGCCCGUCCGGUUCGCGGCCACGCAGCCCGAAACCCUCAUCAUGGACACGUCCUUCGAGUGGGAGCAGCCGCCACGCCUGGCCAUCAGCGAGAACUUCAGCAGCUCGCAGCCAGCGCCAGAGCGAAGGACGAUGACGACGACGACGACGGCGGCGGCGGCGGCGGCGGCCACCACCAACAGCUCGCGAGCAGCAGCGUCAGCGUCGGCGUUGUCGCACGAGCUGCUCGGCCGCCUCGCCGCCGACGACCCGUCGCUCUCGCAAUUCACGCCCGCGCCGGCGGUGCCGCUGAGCCUCACGCAGGCGGCGCGCCAGUUCGCCGACAUCAUGCCCCGGCACUCGCUGGCGCGCUUCCUCAGCCUACUACCGCUCGCAUUACUACUACCAUCGCUGGGCGAGGCGCUGCACCGCGUCGGCGUGCCCGUCGCGCCCUCGACCUUUUCGGCCGGGGCCCGCCGCGGCGACGAGCCGUCGUACAUUCGCGUCAAGACGGUCGACGGCCGCCAGCAGCUGCUGUGCGGCACCAUCGUCGUGGAGCGCAUCGACGACGCCGACGGCGACGUCAGCGAGGUGCGGUUCGUGAAGGCGAAGGGGGACCCGUUGGAGUGGCGGCGGUUCUUCAAAAAGAUCGUCGUGUUGUGCAAGGAUGCGAUUUAUGUGCCUGCGGCUUAG